AUGGAGGUCCGCAACACUGCAGCCUCUCCCAAAGAAAUCCCGUGCAAAAAGCCGCACCAGAAGGAGAAGGUGCCUGACAUCCUGGACCCAGCUGGACCCACAGAUGCCGGGCAUGCCGCCACGAAACCUGUGGAGGUGGCAUCGGACAGCCAGGAGCAGACAGAGGCAGUUGAGAGCCUUGAGGGCCUAGAGCCGUCUGAGAAAGUCUCGGAGUUGCAAGAUCUUUGGCUUCAGCUGCAGGAGGGUCAGCGGCUCUGGCGCCAGAACACGGUACCGGCACCUCCCCAGGGGCAAAUUUACAGGGAUCGGCCUUACCCUUUGGAGCUUCAUGGCCCUUUCGGCCUACAUGAAAUGGCCAUUGCGUGGACCGGCAGAGUUAGAGGCCGGGCUGAUCUGCGACCUCAACGAUGCCUUCAGCUUGUCCCACGAGCGGAACUCAUUGGCAUGCUUGACCAUGCCGACGCAGAGCAGUGUUGA